AUGGAGCUCAGUCAGGCUGUCGAGUGGAGCCGUGAGGAGAAUGUGGAUGUGUCUCAUGAUAUUUUGCUUAGCAAAGUGCCACUGAAUGUCGGAAAUGAUAUUGUGAGCCGUGUACUUGAUACAGUCAAAGUUUUGGGUCGCACUCGGAUACAUGGUUGCCUUGGCGACAAGACUGGUAGGCACAUGUUCAUUUUAGUGGAGACUGUUGCUGCUUUAGAGCCCGUUUCUUUACCCCCUGAGGUGGGAAUUGUAGGUGAAGCGGGUCCCUGGUCUGUUCAUGCUCUGAGUAGCUUGCCGUCUGCUAACCUCCCUGAAGGGGAUGCAUUUGAGGCCAAGCUGUUGGCAUUGUUACAGCAGGAGGGUAAGUCAAUGGGUGAUGUUAAUGCUGUUGUCAUGGGCACCCAGCCUCUGAGGUUGUUUUCAGGUUUGCGACCUGUUCCCCCUGGUGAGGAGGAAUAUGAUUCCUGGAUGGAACAGGCUACUCAGAUGAUCACUGAAUGGCAGUGUGCAGACGCUGCAAAGAGGCAACGCAUUGUUGAAAGCUUGCGUGGGCCUGCUGCGGACAUCGUGAGGUUCUUGAAGGUCAGUAAUCCCUCUUCCCCGGCUACUGAGUAUUUAGCUGCUCUUGACACUGUAUAUGGGUCAACUGAGAGUGGGGCAGAUCUUAUGGCAUCGUUUCGCCAUACAUUCCAGGAAGAUGGAGAGAGACUGUCUGCUUACCUCUAUCGCUUGGAUAAACUCCUCCACCGUGUUCUUGUGAGAGGAGGGAUUGGUCCUGCUGACUUGAAUCAUGCAUGCAUGGAGCAGCUCUUCAAGGGUGCCCUUACCACUGACUUGGUGGCUUUACGUGUGCGAAUGAUGCAUACUUUACAAGAUCCACCUACUUUCUCUCAGCUGAUGCGAGAAAUCCAAGAAGAGGAGCAUUGGCCUGGCCAGGUGUUGCAGCUUUCCGGCGUGCCUAAAUUACCUGGUACCUUUAUUGAAGUAGUGCCGCAGGUUCCGUCCACUAACCGCUCCGAGGAUGUCGGUGUGCUCAGUCCUUCUUCUUUUGACUUUGGCACUUCUUCUAUGCCAGAGGAGGCCAAGCGGCGCCUCUGUGAGAAGAUGAUGCAGCGAAACGAUGUUUUUCUGUCAUGA